GGGCGGAGUCUACCCACGUGUCCCACUCCAAGCGAAAGCGGAGGCCUAAGCCAUGGGGCGCAAGUUGGACCCGAACCGGCAGGCAAAGCGGGGGCCAGGUCGGAAGGCCCGCAAGCAGCGCGGAGCGGAGGAGGAGCUCGCCCGCUUUUUGCCGCCCGCACUUGAUGACAAUGCAACAAAACUUUCCAGUCAUGCUCGACGAAGAGCUGCAAAAAGACGGAUUAAAUCUGAGAAACCGCAGAUGAAAAAAAAUGUCCUCAAUCACCAAAAUGUGACAGCUAAAAAAAAAACACUGAAGAAUGCAAACAAGGGGGAAAGUUCCCAAGAGGACAACCCAACUAACUGCAGCAGUGAUGCUGCCACACAGCUCACCUCCCCUGCCUUAAGGAAGAAAAGACCCUGGACUGAAGAGAGUGAAGAAGACAAAGGAGAGAGCAUGGCUUUCAGUGAUGAAGAUGAUCUAAGUGAGGAUGACAUUAUGGAUGACUAUGGAGUUGCUUCCUCUAGUGAUGAAGAGCUCCUGCCUAUAGAACAAGCUGCUCAAAAACAAAAGAUGGAAGGGCAGGACAUCAGUGAGGAUGACAGCGAGGAUGAGACACCAGUGUCCAAGCAGAGGGUAGAGCAAGAAGAAGAAAAGGACACAGACCUGCAGCUCAACAUGGAGGCACAGGAGUGCUUUGUGCUUCCCAGUGGUCAGGAGAUAGAGAAAGAGGCUGCUCAGCCUCCUGAUCUCCAACUCAUUCAUCAGCGUAUAAAAGAUAAUAUGGAGGUGCUUCAGGAUUUCAGUUCAAAGCGAGAGAAAGAACGCUCAAGGCAGGAAUAUUUAUCCCUUCUGCAUCAGGAUCUUGCCGCAUAUUACUCCUACAGUGAUUUCUUAAUUGGAAAGAUGACAGAACUCUUCCCUCUGUCUGAGCUGGUUGAAUUCUUGGAAGCCAAUGAAGUCUCUCGGCCAGUGACCCUCCGCACCAAUACACUGAAGACAAGACGCCGUGAUUUAGCCCAGGCCUUGAUAAAUCGUGGAGUGAAUUUAGACCCAUUAGGAAAGUGGUCAAAAACUGGGCUUGUUGUUUAUGACUCCUCCGUGCCUAUAGGUGCCACCCCAGAAUACUUAGCUGGACACUACAUGCUGCAAGGCGCUUCCAGCCUUCUCCCUGUUAUGGCUCUUGCCCCUCAGGAGAAUGAGCGCAUUCUGGACAUGUGCUGUGCCCCAGGAGGCAAGACCAGUUACAUAGCUCAGCUGAUGAAGAACACAGGGGUGAUACUAGCUAAUGACAGCAGUGCUGAGCGCUUGCACAGUGUGGUGGGAAAUUUGCACCGCUUAGGAGUCACAAACACUGUUGUGAGCCACUGUGAUGGGCGCCAAUUUCCUAAGGUACUGGGUGGAUUUGACAGAGUCCUGCUUGAUGCUCCCUGCAGUGGUACUGGUGUUAUUUCAAAGGACCCCACAGUCAAAACUAAUAAGGAUGAAAAGGACAUUUUGCGCUGUGCUCAUAUACAGAAGGAGCUGAUCCUCAGUGCCAUUGACUCCGUUAAUGCAACCUCUGAGACUGGGGGAUACAUUGUGUACUGCACAUGUUCAGUCAUGGUGGAAGAGAACGAGUGGGUGGUGGAUUAUGCCCUGAAGAAACGCAACGUCCGCUUGGUGCCAACGGGUCUGGACUUCGGCAAAGAAGGAUUUACCCGGUUUAAGGAGCGUCGUUUCCAUCCUUCCUUGAAAUCCACACGCCGUUUCUAUCCGCACACCCACAACAUGGAUGGGUUUUUUGUGGCCAAGUUGAAAAAAUUUUCCAAUGCCAUUCCUAAAGCUCAGAAAGAUGAAGCGCCCACUGGGGAGCUAACAAAGCAAACGGUAAAAGACAGAUCUGCUCCAGCUCCAACUGAACCUCCACCUAAAAAGAAAAAAGGUCCAGAAAGUAAAGCCGGUCAGCAGCAAGCUUCAAAGCAAGAGCUUCCAACUGCAGUCGCAGCCGGGAAGGAAGCUAAAGAAGAGUUGAAAAUAAAUAAAAAGAAGAAACCGCUUGCUGCCUCCAAGCAAAGCAACUUUCAGAAAAAGGCCAGACUCUUGAAUGCUGCUUGGCCCUCUCCUGGAGGACUAAGGGCUAAGUUAACUCCCAGGAAAAAAGACAGAGUACAACGAAACCCCCAGUAGAAGGAGGCCUUUAUGUUUGAUACACCAUGGAAUAACUGAUGGCAAUUCUGGGGUGACUGGUGGGAGAUCCUGAUUACCAAGAUAACGUGUCCUGGCAAGACUGGUGCAGAAGCGAUGAGGCAUUUCCCCUUUGCGCUUCAGAUGCUUCAUUUAUUUUUAGCCUGUUGAAGGGCAGAGACUAUUUGUAUGAGACCCCUUACCUGUCAUUAAAAGUUUCCUUGAUUUCA